AUGGAGCUAUACAUGGGUGUCGAAGGUAUUCAUCGAGAGACACAUACGUCGACUAUAAAAAUUGGGAGAGUUCUCAUAAAAACAACCGUAACUGAUAAAAACAGCGACAUGGACUGUCUUGUCAAGGCGUUCUUGUCAAACAUCAAGAACAGGAAGAAAAUCAUUGGUCUUGACACAGAGCGAGCGCAGCGGUCGUCAGGAGAUAAGAAUGCAACCGUCUUGCUCCAGCUCUGCGAUGGAGACCAUUGCCUAAUCGUUCAACUUCCUCCCUGCGAUGAGCGAUUUCCUUCUCUUUUCAAUUUUCUAAACCUACCUGAUUUCACCUUUGUAGGCGUUGGCAUACAAAACACACUUAGGAAGCUGGAGAGCGAGUUUGGUCUGACCUGCAAGAAUGCUUUUGAGGUGGGACCCGGCACGUGGAGGAACCUGAAGGUAUCGGCCGAUGAGAAAGCAUGGAUCCAUAACAUUGUUUUGACACAUAAACCAUCAAGCCCCGUCUUUGACGACUGGGGCGCUUAUCUUCUCAACAAAGAUCAGAUUACGCUCGCAGCCUCGAAUGCUCACUUCGCUUUUAGAAUGGGUAAGCUUGUGUUGGAGAGUGAAGCCGUGUAG